AUGUUUGAUCAUAUUUCUAAGAGUAUUAAGUUAUCUCUUAAUCUGAAACAAGAUGAUAAAUAUAGUAUAUUUAAAUUACAUAAAUAUGCUUAUUUUGGUAAAUUAGAAUUAUUUAAACAAUAUUAUAAUUAUUCAAAUCAUAAUAAAUUUGAAUGGACAUUAAAUUAUUGUAUAAUUAUUGGAAUAUUAAGAAAUAUUGAGUUUGCUAAAUAUAUUUUAAUUAGUAGUAACUUGAUGAAUAAGAAGAAUGGAAGGUCUUUUGUUUAUUCAGAUUAUUUAAUAAGUUCAUUUAUAAAUAAUGGUGAAUUUGAUAAAAGAUUAAAUUAUAAACAAGGUUUCUUACAUACUGAUUUUUUAGCUUUAACUAAUAAAGAAAAUGUUUUAAAAUUGAUUGGUAAAGAUCCAAAUCUAGAUUUGUUAUUAGCUUAUAUUGUUACUAUAAAUUAUAAACAGUAUGAUAAAGAAGAUAUUUGGAAUCAAUUGAACAUUACAAAUCAAUAUUCAGAACAUAUUAAGAAACUUGUAUAUUAUUAUAAUUUACCUGAUUAUGAUAAUAAAUAUCCUAAUUAUAAAUUUGCAAUUAAUGUGUUUACCGAUUUAUCAAUCUUUUCUAAAUUUAAAUAUAAUGAAGGAGAUUUAGAUUUAAAUUUAUUUAAUAAGAAGAUAACUAUUAAAUCAUUAAAAGAGAUUUAUAAUUAUAAUGAUAAUUCACCAGAAUUAGCAAGUUUUCAUUAUUCUAAGAUAAGAAAUAUUGAUAAAUAUAUUUUAAAUCAUGAAACUAAGUUAUCUAUGGGGAGAUCUACUAGUAAUAGUGGAUGUGGUAACUAUUCAAGAAGAGAAAUCUUAGAACAUGUUGAAAAGGCAAUUGAAUUAUAUAAUUCAGGUAAAUUAAUCAAUGUUUGUAUAUCUAAAUUUGUUUGUAUUGAUCCUGAAUAUUCAUUACAAUUGAUAAAAGUACAACAUAAUGAUAAGUCGCCAUUCUUAAUAUUUUGUAAUUAUGGAUAUAAUGUUGAAUAUAUUAAUGAAUAUAAACUUAUUAAUCCAUUAUACAAAUAUGUUUUCUUAUAUUCAAACAUUUUAAUUAAUAAUACUAAAGUUUAUAUGAUGAAAUAUAUUGGUAUUGAUGAUGACCAAGAUGAUUUCAUUGAAUAUAACUUAAUUCAAGCUUGUUUAGUAUCUGGUAAUAUGGAACACUUUGAUCAAUUAAUGUCAAUAUAUAAGAAAUUAAACAAAUGUUAUAAAUUAAUUGAUUUUGAGAAUGAACAAUUCUUGGAGAAUAAUUAUAUCAAUAUUAAAUUAGAUGAAGAAGAACUUAAACUGCAAGUUAAAUUUGAUAUUUCAUAUUAUAACAAUUAUAAUUAUUUGGUUUGA